AUGAAUGCUGAUCAUAAGCCCCGCAUCACCGAGUCUUCACCCCCAGCUGAUCCUAACUUAUCCUCAUCUCUUGAUGAACUCAGCAACGAUGCCUCCAAUCCACCCUUAUCACCAAGUGCCCAGCCGAUGAAGCAGGAAGAGCCACUUGUUGCAAGCCACCCACCAGAGGUCCAGACACCUCUUCACCGCCUCCAGCCCUCAAUUGACCUCCCAUCUCCAUCAUCCAUUCCAUUGCAAAAGCCACAGGCCAUUCGUACAAAUCUCACCCACACCCCCAUUCAGUCUCCUCCACAGAGCGUCUCAUUGCUCCCCAGUCCAGAUCUGAAAGCGGGCGACUCGGUGCAAUCACAGUCUGGUACAAAUCAGAAGAAGCGCAAAAGAUCCCCAUCAAAGCAGGAGUCCAAGCUCCAUCACCGCCCACAAAUCUCACCUUCACAUCGACCAACAGACGGUCUUGCUGUCCACCCCUCGCCUCCACAAUCCCUUCCCCUCACGCGAGAAAACCUAGGCCUAGUGACAGGCAGCAUGCCCGCGAAACCAAGCACACGCGCUCAGAACACUACCCAAGCUUCGACUAAGACGACAAAUACUAGCUCAGGCUUCUCUGUUGAGAGGUUGUUGGCAAUGAACAGUAUCCUUAUUGAGGAUCCAGUAGCCAGGGACACAGAUGGAUACAAGACUGUGGUGGAUGACACCCACGCUGUUCUCGAUGUUGAGCGCCACUCGCCUAAUGUUGGUGGACACGAAGACAAAUACUGGAAGGAACUGCAAGAGGAUUACUACGAGGCGAAUGAAGCGACGUACCGCGAUCAGUUCUUCAUGCCGUUUGUGGGCCGAGAGCGCAAUGUCAAAGAUGACGAUGGGAUGUGGGGAAAGCGCGCUUGGAGACUGGAUGGCCUUGAUGUCAAUUCGAACCAGCCCUUCCAGCGUCAAUCUUUGCCCAGAAUAAACGCAUCUGGCGACUGGAGGAAGAAAUUCAAUCGGAAGACCCACAGCCGUGUGAAGAACCCUGUUCCGGAUCUUGCAUACGGACUCCAUAGCAAGCAAUUCAGCCAACUUGAAAUGGACAUCCUCAUGUACUACAACAUCUACACUGGAAUCUCCGAACGCAUCUGGCUUCCUGGCGUCAUUAUCGAAUUCAAGCAGCAGAACAUGCGUGCAGCCAAAGCGCAGGUUGCUCGGGGAGGGUCAGCUCUUUCCAAUACACUUCAUCAACUUGGGAUCGCAGCCGGCAGAGACAUGAUGGCGUUGGGAGCUGACACCAAGAGUGUCGUCCGCUCCAUCGCAAUGACUCACGAGCUAGCCCGUAUGUUCGUGCACUGGAUCAACAUCUCAAAGCAUCCGGACACGGGCGCCCUGAUAACCACUUUCCACAUGCAUCAAGUGGCCAGCUGGACCUUCGAAUACGGCACCCGCGGCAUCUUCGACCAGCGCAAGGCGCUCAACAACCUGUUGCAGGAUCUUGUUGGAGCACGCAAGAUCUGGGUCAAACAACUCCUUGCUGAUAUCGCUACGCACGGCGAUGCCAGAAAAAUUCCCAAGACCAUUGCGCUACAAGAGGAAGGCACCGAUUUUGCUAAGGGUGACGGGGAUGAUGGGGACAGUGAGGACGAGGACGAGGACGAGGCUUAUGGAGGAAGCAACGAGCUGUGCGGUGGCGUGGAGCAGGAGAACAGUGGUGACGAAGUGGGCGCUGGGGGCAAAAAGCGCAAGCAGAGGGCUUAA